GAUGAGUUGUUUGUUUUCGGUUGUUUUUUUAAGUGUUUAAAUUAUUUUACAUAAAUGGCACGAAAUUACACACGUAGGGGCACCAAGGAUGUGGACAGCACUGCCAUGAUAGCUGUUGCCCUUCAGGAUCAUUGGACGAGAACACUGUCACUUGGUUUGCCUCGAAAUCCAAGAAACGUUAGACUCGGCCCAGCGACACGGAUGAAACUCAAGAAAGAUGUAAAACCUGUUGUAGACACUGGACGUUCGAAACGAACUCCCAAACCACAACAUGAUAAAGAGGAAGAAUAUGUCCUCGAUUCAGAACCUCCUCCACUAACAUUGGCUCAGAAGUUUGGACUUGUUGAUGCUCCCCCGCAGUUGAUGUCAGAGACAGAAUGGCAGAAUGCCAAGUUUCAGUCAAACCGACGGGAAGAUUCUCAGCAGCCAUGCGUUAUCUGUAAAGAGCAUUUCGGUUUCCAAGAACAGGUGCUUCUGUCUUGUACUCAUGUUUUUCAUAGGGCUUGUCUUCAAGCAUUUGAGAGGUUUACCGGCCGCAAGACCUGCCCCAUGUGUCGAAGAGAGCAAUACCAAACUCGCGUUAUACACGAGGGUGCCAAGGCUUACAAACAGAUCUGUGCCACAAGAAUACAGUCAGCCUGGAGGGGUUAUGUUGUACGUUGCUGGUACCAGAAAUUGCGCGAGUCUAGACCUCCCCAGGAUCCCAAACUUAGAAAGAAAUUCUUUGAAGACAAGUUGAAGACGAUCACGGACCGAAUGGUGAGAUCAUGUGACUUCAACGUUAACGAGUUCCUGAGGGAGAUGGACCAGAGCCUGGCUGCUAGCCGUGAUGUUUUCCGGAACUUCGACGCCAUGUUUAAGGAAAUCAGCGAUUCCGAGUGGGAGAAAAUACAGCUAACGGCCGUCGAACGGGGUCAUCAGGAGUGUCCAAUAUGUCUGACCUUGCUGGUUAGCGAGGAACAGGAGUCGGGACUAGGAGCUGGCAACACUUGCUCACCUCCUACAACCAAACCAAAACAGAAACACUCGCCAGGGCUUUCUGCUAGAGACAAGCCAACUGAAUUUGUUGCUAAAAAAGGUGGACCUGUUGUCAAGGGUGAUGGAUCUGUUGCCAAGGACAUUGGAUCUGUUGCUAAGGAUGUUGGAUCUGCUGCCAAGGAUGUUGGAUCUGCUGCCAAGGAUGUUGGAUCUGUUGCCAAGGAUGUUGGAUCUGUUGCCAAGGAUGUUGGAUCUGCUGCCAAGGAUGUUGGAUCUGCUGCCAAGGAUGUUGGAUCUGUUGCCAAGGAUGUUGGAUCUGUUGCUAAGGAAGUCUCGGCUAAAGCCAGACAUACUGUUCUGUUGUCUUGUUCUCAUGUCUUCCACGAAACCUGUCUCUUGAUGCUGGAGGACCUGGCAUUGGGCGAAAUCAGAAACACGUGUCCAAUCUGUAGAGCGGCUUACCAGAAGAAAACCAUUACCUUCUGAUUGACGGAGUCAGCCAUCACUAAAGUCCGAACCAAAAUGUUAUCACUACGAUAAAUUGCUCUCCUACUUUUAUUUAUCGUUAGAUUUUACCCACAUUUUGUCCAGACAGAAAUCUUGGGAAAACCAUUGC